AUGAACGGCGAAUUUGACGGCAUCCAUGACCUCAAGCACCAACGCGUGGCUAAGGCUCUCGCGCAGGUCAACGGCUUUAGAUAUCGUUAUCAGCCGGCCCCACAGCUCAACAGUGAAAUGCUGCGUUUUGACUCAGAUGACGAUGAAGAUUGUAUCAAUGUCAAUGAAACGAGUAACGACCAAGCUUCUAGUAAUGAGAAUGAGCGGCAAAACUACCUAAAGCCAGGUACAAAACAGGUGGACGGUGGUUUAGACGUCCCACUGCUGACUUUUGAUGACCAUAUUGAUCAUCUUUUACGCAAAACGCGAACACUGGCGAUGCUGAAGAUUGUCAAUAACACAGUAGACCUCGUUUCAUCUGAUAGCGAAGAUGACAGCGAAGAAGCUGGAGAUAUUGUGACCAAAGAGCUAAGCCUCAUCUGUCUCACUAAAUUGGGGUCACGAACAAACGGUUCUUCAUCUGGGAAGCUUCUUGACGUUGGCGAUGGUCGAUCAAGUCUUGUUGGAACAGCUGCAGUGAAGCUAGCGCGGACUGUUAGUGCAUUUCUUUGUCUGCCGCGUGCUAUCAGCUACGUUGAAUUGGAAGCGAUCACCGAAAGGUUGCUUGAAAUAAAUAACGGAUUUGAUGAUGACGAGUAUGCGAAUCUGAUUGACUACCACGUAAAUUCGGCGCGCGGCUAUGAGACUAUUUCCGCGACUGCGGAAGACGACACAAUAUGGAAACGUCGCGUUUUGCGACCAAUCCAGCCAUUGAAACUUGUGGAAGACCUGACCGAUUUGGAACUUCAUCAACGACAUAUGUUCAGGGAAGCUAAUCGCUUCGGAGGCGUCUCCUCGCGAAGCUUCUUUCUUGCUUCUAGCAAUCUGCUCCUGUCCAGUAACGAUCCGGAAGGAACUGAACGCCCGCUCGAAUCAGCUGCGCUUGGUUCCAGCACUAUCAUGAGCGCUGAGGUUGGCUUACCGCCCGGAAUCAGCAGUGAAGAGGUUGCCACCAGCCCAUUUGACGAAGAACAGUAUAUCAAAUGGCGCACCACAGUUAAAGACGACUACCUGGCAUGGUUGAAUGCCAAGGUAGAAGCUCAGAAGCGUCGCAAGUCGCGUACGAAAAAGGAUGAUACUAACAAGAAACCUCGCUGGUUACUGCUGUAUGAAGCAAGCAAGUCCAAAGACUAG